AUGAAAUCAGAGAUUGAGUCUGUGGUACUCGAGAUGAUGCCAUGGAUCGCCAACAGCUUCGGGAGCACUCACACAUGCCCACCCAUCAAGCAGUUCCUGUGGGAAGCACGGAUCGGAGCCUCCACUGAGAAGUGUCCCACAAACACAUGGAGACGUGACAUCGCACCGCCCAGAUAUGUGCGCGCGCCGCUGGCGGCCACAACGCCGGCCUCCAUCAAGGCCAACGGUGUGUCAUACGACUUCCACCUCCUGCCCUCCGGCCUUGUUGCGCCCGGCUGCAUCAACCUCAUCGGCUCCGGCGUCGUCUUCCACGUGCCCUCCUUCUUUAAGGAGCUGGCUGACGUGGAGGCCAAGGGCAUCAAGGGCGCCCGCUCUCGGAUCCUGGUCAGUGACCGUUGUCACAUCAACUUCGACCUGCACGCUGCCGUCGACGGCCUCGAGGAGAUCGAGCUCGGGAAGAAUGCCGUGGGCACCACCAAGAGGGGAAUUGGCCCAUGUUACAGCACCAAGGCGUCCAGGAGCGGCAUCCGCCUCGCAGAGAUGUUCGACAAGGAGCUUUUCGAGCGCAAGCUGCGGCAGCUCGAGGCCGGCUACAGGAAGCGCUACGGCGAUCUCUUGACUUACGACGUCGAGGAUGAGAUCAAACGGUUCGACGAGUACCGCGUCAAGCUGCAGGAUCAUGUCGUCGAUGCCGUGGAAUUCAUGGCAAGUAACCAUGCGCAGGAGACGAACAAGAAGAUCCUCGUCGAAGGAAGCCAGGCCCUACUUCUGGACCUCGAUUGGGGAACUUACCCUUACGUCACCAGCUCCAACACCUGCCUCGGCGGCAUUGUUUCCGGCCUCGCACUCAAGAGGAACAUCAAGGAGGUCAUUGGAGUGGUCGAGGCGUACACCACUCGGGUCGGAUCUGGACCGUUCCCAACCGAGGACCAUGGUGAGGUCGGGUCAAGCUUGCAGAAGCUUGGCGGCGAGGUCGGGGUGUCUACGGGCCGCACGCGAAGAUGCGGAUGGCUGGAUCUCGUGGUGCUGAAGUACUCGUGCGCCAUCAACGACUACGACUCGCUCAAUCUGAGCAAGCUCGACGUGCUUGACACAUUCGACAAGAUCAAGAUCGCCGUCGCCUACAAGGACCCGCAGACCGGGGAGCAGAUGCAGUCCUUCCCCGCGGACCCGACCCUGCUGGACCGUGUCGAGGUGGUCUACGACGAAGUGCCGGGCUGGAAGACGAGCACUUCCAAGACGCGCCAGUGGUCGGAACUCCCCAAGGAGGCACGCGACUACGUCGAGUACAUUGAGAAGUUUGUCGGCUGCAAGGUCAAGUGGAUCGGCACUGGCCCUGACAGGGACGACAUGAUCGUCAGGUAG